UGCAAAUCUCGCACCCUGGUCGGGCAAGUGUCAUUACGUGACAUCGUGAUGCGGUCGCAUCUCGCGGCCCUCGUCGUGGCUGCAGUUGUACUUGGAGCUGAAGGCGACGCCAUUUGCGACGUCACGAGCUGCACUCUCCUGCCAUCCAACGACAUUUGCUUUCGACGCAAUGAUUGUGGACCGUGCAUUGCUCGAUUGCCGAGCGGCAUACUCAACUACACUUGCUAUUCACUCAAUGCGGAUGGCAUGUGCGACAGCGGAACCUUCUGUCACCAAACCAGCACAACACUGCUGCCCGUAACCACACGACCGGUCAUCCCGACAACAACCGCGGCGCCAACACCAACCUUGAUCACAACAACACCCUCGAUCACAACCACACUCUCUCCACCAGUGACCCCACCAACACCCACACCAUCGACUACGCCCUCAUCUUCAACGACUGCCUACAUUACGGUCGGCGCCGUUGUGGGCGUAGCAUGCAUGGUCGUCGGCUGCUUCCUGUUGGUCAAGUUGCGACGUAAACGGCAGCAGAAAGACGACAAUGAAAAUGGUUCGGACAACAGCGAGAACGUCACGAACGAGUACGUGGCAUGGAAAGAGCACGACCAGCGAGAUCGCCCCGCCACGCUGAUGAUCGUGCAAGCCCCGUCGUCAGACAAGAGGAAGCAGUCUCCCACAUCGAAUGCAUCGCCGCUCGAGAACGAGGAAGCCGAUCUAUGGGGAAACAUCGAGUAUCGCAAUGACAAGACUGUGGCGACGCCCCACAGCUUCUCGCAUCCAAACUUCUUGACCCAGUCGUAGUUACACCAGCCGAUGAACUUCUAUGCUCCCGUGUAAACUAUUUGCAUUCGUGGCCCCACACGGCGAGCUUGUAUAUGGUGACGCGGCCGUAAAAGUCACUGCUCCUUCCA